AUGUCAGCAACUCAGAAAAAGAUGUAUUACUCUCCAAAUAUGUUUCAGUCAUAUGGAGAGCCAGAAAUCAGAGCUGUAACCGAAAUCCUCAAAGCAACACCUGAAGAACAACAAAAAAUUAUCGAAAAAUUCGAAAAACGUGUUUCCGAACUUUUUAAUGCAAAGUAUGGUGUCUUUGUAAACUCAGGAAGUUCUGCAAACUUGAUUGCUUGCAUGUGUGCCGAUUUUAAACCAGGCGAUGAAGUAAUUACACCUGCCUGCACAUUUCCAACAACUGUUUCACCUAUAAUUUUCUUGGGUGCAACACCAAUAUUCUGUGAUAUUGAUGCAGGAAGAUAUGUUCCAUCAAUUCAGCAAGUUAUGGAAAAAGUUACUCCAAAGACAAAAGCUGUAUUAAUUCCAGACCUUGUUGGUGAUAAAUUCGACUUCAUUGGAUUGAGAAAAGCACUCGGAGAGCAAUACAAGCAUGUAAUUUUAAUUGAAGACGCUUGUGAUACAAUUACAACAUGUGAUGCCGAAUUUGCAACUGUUUCCUUCUAUGCAUCCCAUGUUAUUAGCGCUGGUGGCUGCGGAGGCAUGGUUUUCACAAAUAAUUACGACGAUUAUCAGAAAUUACUCAAAAUGAGAAACGAUUCACUUGAUUUUACAGCUCCUUACUAUUGCGCGGAGUUUGGCUACAAGAACUCUCUCAGAUUCGAACAAUUCAAGGAAUGCAGAAUGCAAAACUUCGAACACUACUGGAUGAGGCUUGGAAACAGCACAUUCUACGAGCUACCUCUAAACCAUGAAGCUCUUUGGCUUUCCAUGGCUUUAAUCUGCAAAUCUCACAGAUACGAGAUUGUCGAGCAAUUAGAGGCCAGAGGAAUUCAAACAAGACUCUGCAUGGCUGGAAAUAUCCUAAGACAGCCUUUCUACGCUAAAAUGUUCCCGAAUAUCGAUCCAGCAACUUUCGUGAACACAGAAAAGGUUUUCGCCGGUGGAAUUCUUAUUGGUCUUCACCAAGGUCUUUCUUCCGAUGAUAUCGACUGGAUAUGCGAUCAACUCGAAGAAUUAUCAAAGAAAUACGAAAAUUAA